UUCUCACUUAAAAACGCUGGCUCCAUUAAAAUUCGCAUACAUUUUUUUUUUACACGAUUUAAAGUACGGACAGUGAGGGUUUUUGAUAAGAAUAAUUCAGGAGGUUAAGUUUACAUUGAAAUAAAAGUGAAAAUGAGCGAUAACUGCUUAAUAUUUGGCGAAAAUGCGUCGCUGGCUGAGGAUGACGCAGGGCAGCAUAUCUUUCUGGAAGCAACGCCUGCAUUAAUCGGUCAAAGUGGAGGAAUUCUAACGCAAGUUACUCAGUGUGAGUCAUUAUGUGGAAAUUUACAACAGAUUGUCCAAAAUAAAUCAGGAGGAGUUGAAGAUGACCAAUUAAAAGAACUGUUGAGAGAGAUGAGCAUGGAAAGCGCUUUUGAUGCCCUUUAUGCUUGUGGAUUCACAUAUGACCGCUUAAAAUACAUAAACUCUGACGACUUGGCGUUGAUAUUUCCAGGGCAAGAAAAUAUCGGUUAUAGAGCAGAACUUGGAGAAAAACUCCGUCUGUGGAAGCACCAGAACUUUCCAUAUCAAUGUCUAUCUUCUCUGACUAUGAACUCAACUGUUCAAAAUUGGAUUGAAAACCAACCUCUUAACUCAUCAGCUAGCAGUUCCACUUCGGCUAGCAAUUCAACUUUUUACUGAACUCUCAAUAGUGGCUAAACAGUUUAAAGAUGCUCAUGGUUUGGCACCUUCAAUGUAAUAUUUUCAGCUUCGAACUAUUUUCAAUCUUUCUUAGGGCCAAAUUCACAGUGCACAGUUAACUCAGAAUUGGCAGUUAA